CUUAAUAAUGGGCCUACUGUUCGGGCAGUCUGAGACGUAAUAAACCAGUGUUAACGUCUCUAAUACAGCUGGAGGACGUGAUAGAGUAGGCACUGACACAUACCAGCCUACACACACACGUGUGUACGUGAGUCUGCGUCUUUCUAUAGCCUGUGUCCACACACUGAUAAGUGUCGAUCGUUAAAGGUCAAAGUAUCGAUGCACUGACCACACGACUGGACAGGCGUGGACACUCAUCUUCUAAAAUGAAGAUUGCUGUGCUUGGUGCAACAGGUCCCUCGGGACUCCAGCUUGUACAAGAAUCAUUAGAAAGGGGUCAUGAGGUAACAGCCCUGGUGAGGAAUCCGGACAAAUUGAGUCAUAUCGAUGACGCCAAAUUAAAGGUUGAAAAAGUUGACAUAUUCAAUGAAGCUGAUUUGAAUAGUCAUUUUGGCGGAUGUGACGUAGUGAUGUCUUGCCUUGGUACAGCCCCAAGUCUCUUCGGCAUGAGUACACUAACUUUCUACCUGGAUUCCAUCAAACCUAUCAUCGGUGCUAUGCGCAAAUGCGGAAAUACUCGUCUGGUAACCAUGACAGCGGUGGAUACAAUACCUCAAAACAGGGGACCAUGGAUAUUUGAAUGGAUUAUACGGCCCGUGUUCCUGUCAAGCGUCCUUCAGAGCAUGUCAGUAAUGGAGGAUUACUUACAGAAGGAGUGCCAGGAUAUAGAUUUUACUGUCGUCAAACCCCCGGGAUUAACGAAUGAGCCGAGCAGUGGAACGGAGGUGAAGGGGGCGGAGGGGCAGUACAUAGAAGGCACGAUCAGGAGGAUCUCACGAAGGGACGUGGCCAAGUUCAUGUUAGACUGUAUCCCUCUAAAACAGUGGGUGCGCAAACUCGUGUCGAUCGGACUUCCGGUUUAGCACAUCAUCUGUCUUCGCAUGCAAUACUGUACAUCCUGUCGAUAAACAAGGCGUCACUACAACAACGAUGCCAACUAUAACAACAAUCCAAGCAAUAACAACAACAAAUGUUGAGCGGUACUCACUGUCAAAGUUGUUAGGUAUACAAAUGAGCCGGGAACAAAAAUGUUCAAAACGCACUGCUUUCUAGUUACCAGAAACUGGCUGGAAUGAUUUCCGCGAGACAGUGGUAUCAGUAACAUUGGGAAUCGUUAAGUUAUGGAAAGGUGUCAUACACUUUCAAGAGUAGAUAUGACAUCCUCGAUAUACAGAGGUGACGGUCACGUUCGCUCUCUACACCCCUGGAAUAUGUCACAGCAAAAUCAAAGGCUCAGCGUGCACCACCUUCAGGAAGAAGGCUAGUUUGAUACUUUGAUGUACAUCAAAAGAAUCUUGGGGUCGCGCAACGGUAAAACUUACUGGCUUUAAAGUCGGGAGUCGCUCCUCUGUCAAGUAUCAGCCUGGUGAUUGGUCAGUGGGUUUUUUACCGGACACCAAUCGAAUAGCCCGUCGCGUGCCUGACCUAGUCCAUGGGUGUAGAGAGCAUUGGUGAGCGUAACCCCUGGAUAUCGAGGAUGGCCAGAUGAACGCAUGAAUUUAUAUUCAAAAACGUGCCAUAGAGACUGGGCAUUGCAAGAUAAGCACCACUAUUAUAUUUGUAUGUAUAUUUUGUAAAUAUUGGAUGUUUAACGCGUGAAGAUCGCACCUACAUGUACCGUACUCCAAUAUUCAACCGUUUAGAUUUAUAUACCCAUUAGACGUUUUAAAUAUUAAAUUUUACUUUAUUUUGGAAAAUACUCUUAUCUACGAUUUGGGCAUCAGAGCAUUUGUUCACAAGAUUUAAUAUUCACUUAAUGAGGUAUAACCGGAACAAAUGUGCAUUGAGAAGUAUUUCAAACAUAACUGAACUUAAGAUCUGCUUUUGUUGGUAAAACUAUUGACUUCACGCAAUAAAAAUGUUGGGUUUCUUGUAUAAUGUUUGAAUUAUAUUUACUCAUAUAUUUUAUGAAAUGCAUCAGUUUGAGGAUACGUUUUGUCGUAAAUCCGAACUCUUCAAUUGUAACUGUACGUUCUUUUGGUAAUUCUAUUAUGACGUCAUUGUUAUAUCUUUACAUUGCCAUUGUGGAGACUUUAAAUUAAACUAUCAACUCAAAUAUCAAAGCAUAGCAACAUGAACACAAACGUUUUCCAAUCAGAAACCCGUUUUGGUCUUUCCGUCUUCAUGUUAGUGUAAUCGGGGAUUAAAUGAUAUGACGUCAAAUGUCAAAUAUGACGGAAUUAUCGAAUGGUCACUUAAAGACGUUUGACGCCUAACCGAACAAGCAAAUUCUUGGAAUUCUUAUCCCCCGCUUUAAGGACAUGUUUUAGAUGAAGUGUUGAGAGUUACUUAAAACAGGAUAUGCUAGUAUGGACAAUUAAGAGCAGACAAAGCAGAAAAUGUUUCUUAGAAAUAGGCCUUCAGUUUGUUUCAAAUUGGCUCGUGGGUCAGGAUUAGAUAUGGUAUGUGAAGUGUACCAGCCUAGAAUAGGUCUAGGGGGGUAUAUAUAAGCCAAAUUUUGGUGGGGUUCCAGCUAUUGCUAAAUUUCCCAUAGAAACCACCCACACCCGGAUUUCUUUCAAACUUUGCAUGUUUGUAGUACUAUAAAUGGCAAUGCAAAAUAUACACCUGAAUUUUCAUCUUUUAUGAACUGACCAUAUGUCACAACAUACGUCAAUGACAUGUUUUUGUACCACCUUUUUCAUAAAUUCAUAUUUUGUUACCUUCCUGAAACAAUAUUUAUUAUUUUUUAUCAAAUUGUAUUGGUACAUUGGUAUACAGAUGGUUUAGGGGGGGAAAAAGUUUUGUAACAUUUUCAAAACAAGGCUAUUGUUAAAAAUAUAAAAACUUGGUAUGACAUGUUUUGUCCACUAUUUUGAUCUACUUAAAAACUAGCUUCAAUAUGUAUUCUAUCACCAGGUAAAAUUUGAAAAGAAUUGAAAUCCGGGAAAAUAGUUUUAGAACUACUGAAACGCUAAUGGUGCAAAAUUUUGGCUUUCAGAAAAGUGUCUCCAGUUAACAAAAAAAAAUGAAGGGGUAAUGCACAGCAUAGUUACAUAAUUAUUUGAUCAUUAUAAGGUGUAUAUAUAGUUUUAUGUUAACUUUAGAAAACAUAAUAAUUCUAUAAUGCUGAAAUAGCAAGAACAAUAUGUAUUUUCUUUAUUUUUUAUCAAAUCCUAAUAAUAAAAAAAAAAUAAAAAAAAUCAAGCAUUUGAAUAAAACUUGCCAAUGAAUAUACUUAAAUAAUAUUUGAUUGCAAAGAUUGUUCUCAUAGAGCAUGCGAAAAAUCAAGCUGUUACAUCAACAAGUUCAGCAUAACAAUGUAUUAACCCUCAAUAAGCCAAUGUCUCUUUAUUAUGCAUGUGAAUAUCCAAAUGCGUUACUGAUAGUUAUUUAAUAGGGACUAAAAUAAUAACUGUAUUGGUCUUUCUUGAACAACAUGUAAACAUAUGAAGUAAUUACACAUAUGAGUAAAACUUGGUGUCAUUCCUCAUUGUGCCUGCGCAUGUAUUAUUCAACUGAAUAAAGGCCAAAGGGCACCCUU